UAAUAGAAGCGAGCCGCGGGCGCCAGACCGAAACGAGUCUGGCAACUUCAGCAUCCUCGGAUUGGAACAGGGAAGCAGCCUGACCACCAAGGAGAGUGACGUGGACGCCGUGGAGCGCCCGGUCCUGCUGGACUGCCCGAUCCCAGACUGCAGUGUCCCCGACUGUUUACUAAAAUCCAGGAGCAUGCAGUCGGAGAAGCGAAAGAACACGCUGUUCCCGCCCCCUGCGAGCAUCAUGAAGCGCAUCAACGACACGCUCCGCAAGAUCAUCAUCAACGACGACACGCCCGUCUUCAUCAACAAGCCCGUGACCCGCACCAACAUCGUCGGCGUCGACAUCUCACACAAGGUCAGGAACCGCAGUUCGUACAAGGCGGGCCUCAAGAAUUCCAAAUCCGUGGAUCUGAACUCGUUUUUGGAGCCGGUCAAGUUCGACAUUUCCAUCAAGCCGCAGACCGGUCCGGCGAAUCCGAUAGAAACCAUCCAGCGCGGUCUCGGGUUUGAGAAGCUGAAGCUGCC